CACGUGAGGCCCUGGAGAAGGGGUUGAGGAGCAGCGCGGCGGCGGCGGCAGGAGCGGUGCGAGCAGCCAUCGUCGCCGUCGAGGGUCCACCGAGCCCGGGAGCGAAUGGCUGGCGCUGACUGCGGCUAGGGUGGGCGCAAACCCGGCAGGAAGGAGGGACUGAACCCAGGCGAGGCCCCGAGCUAGGAGAGCGGCUUCCUCCGGACUGCGCGGCGAUUCCUCCCCUCCCCCCCCUUUUUUGUCCUUGCGCUUCUUGAGGCUCCACGUUUGUUAUUCAUCGGAGUCGAUUGAUUGAUCGAUCGAUUGACAACCGUGCGUUAAAGGGGCCCUGCCGCUUUUUAGCUGAGAAGCCGGGGUCGGAUUGAGCUCCUGUUCCUUUAAUCCACGCCGGGGGGAAUCCUGCGAUGCGCCCUUGAUCUUUAGUCAUCUUUCCGCCCUUGAGUUCCUUCAUACUCCCGUUCUUCCUCUCUUGCACCUCGACCCUAACGCGCCUUCGCCAUUCCGGGAGAAGCGGAGGGGAAGAGCAUCUCUGCCUGUUUCCGGGGCCAGCUUCCCUUCACCUUGAUAGCGACCCCUUCGAUCUGCUCAGCAUACUUCAUUUAAUUGGUUUUAUUGGGCCAUCCACUCCCUACUUCGGACCUGCUUUAUAUUGCAAACCUUGGAGGGGGAGGAGGUUGUAAGGUUUUUAAUUGGCUGUAUCUGUAGGGGGAAAAUCUUUGCGAAGCAGGCAGAGCUUCUUAGCUUAGAUUCUUCACUCCUCUGCCUUGAAUGGGGAAAGGAUUUUUAAAAAUCCAUCUAGGCUUUCUGUACUGGAUCUUAAUCGAUAAAUGGACCUGCUUUUUAAUUUAUCACCCUAUUUUCCUGCUCCGGAAUUCCCAUAUUCGUUCUUGUCUUCCUUGUGUGCGAUAGUGUGGUGAUAGCAGCCCCCCUCCCCCCGCUUAAUUUUCCUUUUCUCUGUUAGGCUGAAAUUGUGGCUGUGUUUCGUGUUGUUUCUUUUUUAUAUGGCACAGGUCUGAUCCGUUGGUCUGCUAGCUCAUUCUGUUGUUGUGACAGAGGGAGGGAGCUGAAGAAGAGAGGUGCUGAAGAAAGGUGUAGAUACACAUAUUUUUAAAAAUAGAUUUUUACUUAAAAGCGGGGCAGAAGAGACCCAAGAUGGCUGGACAUGGUUGUGGGGAGCAUGUAGGGGUUUCUUUGAUCUGAUAAUAAAAGCUAAAAGACAACAGCUGCGGCUAUAUAAACCCAAUUUAGAGUACUCUGCUUCUCUCCUGCUCCUUGUGUGUGUCUCUCUCUUUCCCCCAUCAGGCGCACACUUUACAGGGUGGUGCCAUUCACCAGCUCCCCUCCCUUGUCCUUAACACAUUUGUUUCUAUUUUUCUCCCCUAAAUCCCACCAAUUAAAAAUAAAAUCAACUCAAAAUGGCUGAGGACUGAGUAGGUCCUCUUGGAAUUGUACAUUUCAGCAGUUCCCUUCUAGCUCUUGUCUGUCUUCCUCUUCUCCUCCCACCCCCUUGCAGGCUGGUUCCAAAAGGAGAAAUAGCUUUCAUGUCAGAAGGAAAACAGAGAAGCAAAGGGAAAGAGGCGGGGGCUGGGCUUUUCAUUAGCAGUUGAGAAAUUCCUUUUCAGUUUGAUCAAGGCAUACUUGUUUUCCUUCCAGCGAGAGCAAACCAUCACUCUCCAAAAGGCUGAGGAUUUUGGAGUUGGGAGUAUUGUUUCUACCUUAGUCUUAUGAAAGAUAAAAAACAAGACAAAUCUUGAGAUCAGAAUUCCAGAGAGUAUUGGAAUAGGUUUUCUUUUCGUUGAAUUUGUCUUUGGCUAUUAUUAUUCUUUGGAGUAGAGUUUUUUACAAGUAUUUUUCUUCUUCUCAUUCCUGUUUGUAAAGGGAGCAAAGGAUGGGAGGGUCCUUUUGGCUCUGGGCUGGAAUUUCAUCCGAGUGAUUGACCGUCUUCCUACUGAGAUUGCACUGUCCCAAAGCCAAGAAAAAAAUAUCUUUUUGCACCAUUCAGCUGCAUUAGAAGCUAGCUGCUUUUUUCCCCCUCUUUGCAUAUGGAUUUAUCUCCAGCUUUUUAAUGAUUGAAUUAAAGACUCAAAUUCUAAUUUCUUACGGAGGAAAAUAAUUGAAAGGGGAGUCUUGAGUUUAGUCAAGAGAGAUACAAAUUCCUUUCAGAUAUUAAAUGGUCAAAAAGUGAUAAUUAGGAGUGUUUAACGUAGGAGGUUUAUAUGGCAUUUGGACUUCCUUCUGGAUUUUGUAUGGAUUUUUUUCAAUUCUCGCAACUUAGUGGCCUUUCUGUUGCAAAAGUGGAAACUCAUCAUCAUCUGCUUUAGUAGACCAAAAACUGACUUUUUAACAAGAGAUUAAAACAAAAAUUCUGACCGGGGUGAGACAUGGCUGAAAACUGGAAGAACUGUUUUGAAGAGGAGCUUAUAUGCCCCAUUUGUCUGCAUGUCUUUGUGGAACCUGUCCAACUUCCUUGUAAGCACAAUUUCUGUAGGGGAUGCAUAGGAGAGGCUUGGGCCAAAGAGUCGGGGCUAGUGCGUUGUCCUGAGUGUAACCAGGCCUACAACCAGAAGCCCAACCUUGAAAAGAACUUAAAAUUGACCAACAUUGUGGAGAAGUUCAACUCUCUCAAUUUGGAAAAGACUCCCUCAGUCUUACAUUGUGUCUUCUGCCGCCGUGGGCCACCUUUGCCUGCACAGAAGAUCUGUCUAAGGUGCGAAGCUCCGUGCUGUCAGUCCCACGUUCAGACACACCUGCAGCAGCCCUCCACAGCACGUGGGCACCUCCUGGUGGAGGCAGAUGACGUCAGGGCCUGGAGUUGCCCCCAGCACAAUGCUUACCGGCUGUAUCACUGCGAGGCCGAACAGGUUGCUGUUUGCCAGUUCUGUUGCUACUACAGCGGUGCACACCAAGGGCACUCAGUAUGUGACGUGGAGAUCCGGCGCAAUGAGAUCAGGAAGAUGCUGGUGAAACAGCAAGACCGUCUGGAAGAGCGUGAGCAAGACAUUGAGGAGCAGCUGUACAAGUUGGAAUCUGACAAGCGCCUGGUUGAAGAGAAGGUGAGCCAGCUGAAGGAUGAGGUGCGCCUACAGUAUGAGAAGAUGCAUCAGAUACUUGAUGAAGACCUGCGCAAAACAAUGGAGAUCCUCGAUAAGGCCCAAGCCAAAUUCUGCAAUGAGAAUGCUGCCCAGGUGCUGCAUCUGAGUGAGCGCAUGCAGGAAGCCAAGAAACUGCUCAGCUCUGUUCAGGUCAUGUAUGACAAGACAGAAGACAUCAACUUCAUGAAGAAUACAAAGUCGGUGAAGAUCUUGAUGGAUAGGACUCAGAACUGCACAGGAGGCAGUCUGCCUCCUCCUAAGAUUGGCCACCUCAAUUCCAAGCUCUUCCUGAAUGAGAUUGCCAAGAAGGAAAAGCAGUUGCGGAAGCUCCUGGAAGGUCCCUUCAGUACACCAGUGCCAUUCCUGCAGAGCAUCCCUAUGUACCCUUGCAGUGUCAGUAACUCAGGAGCUGAGAAACGCAAGCACUCCACAGCUUUCCCAGAAGCCAGCUUCUUGGAGCCAUCCUCGGGACCCGUUGCCAACCAGUACGUCAGCCAGGGGGCUUCGGCUGGUGAAGGCCAGUCUGCACAACCCAUGGUGCCUUGUAGCUCCACCCAGCACAUAGUAGGACUCCCCAGUGGCCCCCAACCAGUUCACUCCAGCUCAAUGUUCAACCCUUCUCACUACCCCAACAGCACAUCAUCUCAGCAGUCUGUGCUGUCUCAGUAUGGUGGGCGCAAAAUUCUUGUCUGCUCAGUGGACAACUGUUACUGUUCCUCAGUAUCCAAUCACAGUGGGCAUCAGCCCUACCCACGAUCCGGCCACUUUCCAUGGACAGUGUCAUCACAGGAAUAUUCCCACCCACUCCCACCUGCUCCAUCUGUACCUCAAUCGCUUCCAGGAUUGGCAGUGAGAGAAUGGAUUGAUGCAUCUCAGCAACAUGGACGCCAGGAUUUCUAUAGAGUUUAUGGUCAGCCUUCCACCAAACACUAUGUCACCAGUUAACCAUCUGGUUUUGGUAGAAUCCUGUUGAUUUUUGAAUUUUUUUUAAAUCUAGUUUUUGUUGUUGUUUUAAAUCAAAUCCAUUUCCAUCUAUCCCUACCACAUGCCAGAUUCAGAGUCGGGCAUUGCUGUCAUCUGUUAUUUCUAAUUUAAUUCUUUAAAUUCCUUUCUUUGUAUCAGGUUGGGGAUGGGAAACUGUGGGAAAAAAUUAAGAAUUUCAAUCAAGUAUCUGCUUUUGGAUCAUGUGACAUUGCAACUUUCCUGUGGGGAAAACUUAAAGGGACAGAUGAUCCUUUUUUUUAUUUCAAAGUCUGGGCUCUUUGGUUUUCCUUUUAAUUUUUUUUUCCUUCCCAUUUUUAAGAAGAAAUUUCUAUCAUUGAUUCAUUAAGAAAUGACACUUGUAGAGUUUUUUUUAAGACUGAUUUUUUUUGUGUGUUAAAAGGCCACAUAUCGUACAUAUUGGCAUUUUUUUUUCUUCUUUCAGAGAUUUGUAAAUACACAAUGGCAGGAAAUGAAAUGCACAAAAAAGGGAAAAGAAACUUAAAAAAAAAAAUUAAAAAUCUGUUUUAGUUUCCAGGAGGGAAGUGUGUGCCUAAGUACACACAUGGCUUCCUGUGUUUUGUUGAUGCAACUUCCUCUAACAAGCACUUUGUAUUAAAAAAAAUGGACUUCCUGUUAUAAAAUGCAGGUAUUUAUUCUGUAACCAAUUUUAGAACACACACACAAAAUAUUCAAAUAAAUGUGAUCACUUAGUGCAA